UCGCUGCUCAAGAACUGAGUACACGUAGAGGCAGGAAGACAAGACUGUGCUCAUCAUCUGACUAAUUUGUGUUUUAUCCACUCGGAUGUGGGCCUCGCUGUUUGUGCCAACAUUAAUUGCCCAUCCCUAAAUUCUCUUCUGAAGGUGGUGGCGAGCAGCCUUUUUUUUUUACCGCUUUAGCUGCAAAGGAAGCUGGAAGAACACAGCAAAGUCAGCCUCUUGGUUUUGCCUGGCUUGCUGUGAUGUUCCAACCUCCCGACUGUGUACUUUGGAUUUCAGCAUUUGCAGGUUUUUUUGUCUCUUUAGUCAAUGCAGUGCCUGCGUCGGCGCCAGUGACAACAGAAGGUCCCGCCCACAGGUUGAAGAACGGAGAGAAUAAUAGGCUGACAGGAACAUGAAUGAUGUCCCAUGUGUCGAAUUGGAUAGCCGACUUUAACUGAGUGUGUUUCUGAUCGGAAGUCGGCAGGCAGGAUGACAGAAUUCUCCUUAAACUGAAGGUGAAUUCACGGGAGAUCGGGGUGCAAUCUGACAAGUAAUUGUGACAAACUACAGUGUAAAGGCACAACCAUUCGUUAGACUUUCAUCGCCAGGUUUAAAAACCAAUCACGAUGUCGUAUGUGAGUGAUGAACUGUACAAGUACAUAAGAGGGAGAAUGACAGAGUUUUUAAAAAUUAACACAGUGGAAUUGUUACCACAUCUUCCUUGCCUUACUCAGAUGGACCAGGAGAAAAUACGAGCCGAAGCCAAAUAUGAAGGAAAUGAGGCAGCUGUACCUCUUUUUUUGGAUUUUGUUAGAAGACGGCGGAAUUGGGAAAGGGAAUUGAUAAACGCACUACGGAACAAAGAAUACAAUGAUCUUGCAGACAUUUUGGAACACAAACUUGAAUGUUUAGCUCCAAAAAGGAAUGUUGGUGAUUUGCGUUCUAAUCGUUCUGCUGCAGAUUCUUCGGUGAUUCCUGUUGUUCCCUUCCGAAGUGCACCAUAUGAUGUUUCACCUCCACGAAACCCUUCAAGCUCAGUCGCUGUUGCUGACCAUUCAGAAAUCUCUCCGACAGUUUUUCUUCCUGCAGACUACUUGCCAGCCCAGCCCCCGUCCAAUCAGACUAUGGUACAGCUCUCAGCUGGCAUUCCUGCAGCAGAGCACUCAGCAAGCAGACCCGCAGCACAGCACUCAGCAAGCAGACCCGCAGCACAGCACUUGGCUGGUGCCCCCGCAGUCCAGCCCUCGACUGGUAUACCGAUCGCACAGCCCUCUGCCAGCGCCCCCACAGUGCAGCCCUCGACCAGUGUACGGAUAGCGCACCCCUCGGCCAGCACCCCCACAGUGCAGACCUCAACCGGUGUACCGGUAGCGCUGUCCGCGGUAAGUGUCCCCACAGUGCAGCCCUCGGCCGACGACCCCGCAGGGCAGACCUCGAACAGUGUACCGGUAGCGGUGCCCUCGGCUGGCGCCCAAACAGUGCAGCCCUCAACCGGUAUACCGGUAGCGCUGUCCACGGUGCGCACCUCUGCAGUUCAGCCCUCAGCCGGAACCUCUGCUGUGCAGUCUUCGACCAAUGCACCUAUAGUACCUACUUCUGUACCUGCUGCCACUCACCAGUGCCCCGCUUUAUUAGUUGCCGCUUCAACAACCUCAACUGCAUCAUCACCUUCUGUGUCUUUGACUACCUCUACUCUCACCCCACCACAUCAUUCCAUCGAAUUCAAAAUACCAAUUCAAGAAUCGGGAAAGUCAAUAGAUAAAGAAAACAAAGAUGACAAGCUACCUGUGCAGGAGAAGAUGGGUACUUUUGAUGACUCAAAGUCCAGUGAUUCUUUCCAUUCUCCAAGGAAUCAAACCAUAAAUUCAGAUCAGAACAGCAAUGCUGCGAAAAGAAACAUAAAUGAAAUAUUCACACCCAAUACUGAUGAAACUAGGAGAGAAAUAAAAAACAAUCAAGCUGUUGCAGAUGACACUUCAACCUGCAGACAAGUACACUCACACCAACGUCUAGAUCAGUUACAUGAUGAUUUUGAGGGCAUUAGUAAACCAGGAAUAUUGCAGAGUGACAUUCAGAAUAUGCAGUCAGAAACUCAGGCUGAAGGUGGCUGUUCAAUAACAAUGGGCGAUUUACAGCUCAGUAAACACUCAGUGGAUAAUUCAAGAAAUGAGAAUCAUUCAAACAUGGCUGUGCCACGUGCCAAUCUUAAUCCAAGAGAUAUGCCCGAAGAGGCCAACCCUUUGGGUUUGGGUGAUAGCAGUAGUCAGGGUGCUAAUGUUUCUUGUGAUUUCAAUGCCAAAGACUCAAUUAAAGAACAAAAGAUUCAAGCAUUACAUGGUUACCAGAAUGAUCAACUGCAAAGAAGCUUUUAUGAUGUUCACAGUCCAUUGAAUAUACAAUUGAAUUUUGAUGCUCAAAAUAAAUUAAGGAAGGGUGUAGGCUCUGAUGAAAAACACAUGUUAAAUCAAGACAAACAUAUUGGCGACAAAUCUGUGGCUUUUCAGGCACAUAAUAUUGAAAUUGCACAAACUGGUGAUGACGGGGCUGACUCCAAAAUUGAAUUUGGGGAAAAUGUGCAAACAAGUCACAGCACAGAUUCAGUUUCCAACAGUGAACAAUUAAGCAGUUCUUGUUCCGAGUCCUCGUAUGGAAGCAUUUAUAUUAGUUCUGACUCUGUCAGUGAGUCAAGUGCUGAUGUGGAACACAGCUCCCAAAGUGCAAACCGAUUCAACAAUGACACACUGCUUCCUACAUCUCAGCUAAUUGGCACACAGGCAUCAGGUCAGAUCUGUGACAUGGAUGGUUUACAAGAAAAUGCACAAAAACAAACUGCGAAUUAUGAAUACAAUCUAGACACAAGAUCAAAUAAAAAGUUAAAUCUGGGAGUAAAUACUUCAAAGGGAGAAAGUUCAUACUCUUGUGCGAAUGAAUUGAACCAGAGAAUAUAUGAUACUAAUCCAGGACUGUACAAUGAGGAUGUUAAGGAACAUAGUGGGUAUAUUUGUCAAGAACCUAAUUAUGAAGAUGAAGCAGGCAGUGAUCACAAAUUUGAAGCAGCAAACAUGGGAGAUGCUAGGUGGCGUGCUUUUGAUCGUAGCUCCAUUGAUGCUUUGUCUACUGAGCAUGUUUCUUUCGUUGCAAAGAAAGGGUCACAAGCUGAAAAGCCUGUAAAAUCAAAUAGGGACAUAACACAGUCAAAUUACCUAUAUGUAACAGUGUCAGUUCUGGCAUUAUCAAUGGUCGCUGUGUGCAUAUGGAAAUACUACCAUAAAUAAGGACUAUUGUGAUCUGAGUGGCUUUAUGUCCUGAAACAUUAUUGUUGAAGUGAUUUUAAACUUACAAUAUAAUUUGAGUUAGCUGUUUGGAAGUAGGGAAAUCAUUCAUUUUGUGCUUUUGUUCUUGGGAGGUGUUUGCAAUUAUAUUUUUAUUGCAAUUUUAUCAUUGGAACAGGAUCUUCAUUUUAAACUGAAGAUAUCAAAGUAAUUUACAUAAAUGUCUCUGCAAACAAUUGACUUGAACUGCAACAAAGUAAAAGUGGAUUCUAACAAAUUUAAAGUAAACUUAUCCUUGAACCAAAUAAUUAUUCCAAUUUGUAUGUUUAUGCAGUCACCAGUAUCUAUGCAAGUGUCCUUAAAAUGUAAAUAUGUAUUUGAAAAAUUAGAA